AUGUCAUCAGAAGGAGAUGUUUCCAUUGAAAUGAGUGUUGUCGAGACAACGGUCUCUGCCGAAAUAAUUUCAUCCAUGAGCAUUGAGGAGGCUUUGGUUGCCGUCCUUAGGCAAUCGCGCAUCCACAAUGGCCUUGCCCGUGGACUCCGUGAAUGUGUUAAAGCACUUGAUCGCGGAACUGCACAUCUUUGCAUUUUGGCAGAAAGCUGCGACGAAGCCGGAUAUGUCAAGCUUAUUACUGCGCUUUGUGCCGAGCACUCCAUCGAUCUUAUCAAGGUCCCGGAUGGCAAGAAGCUUGGAGAAUGGGUUGGGCUUUGCAAGUAUGACGACAACGGGGUUGCACAGAAGAUUGUCUCGUGCUCGUCCGCUGUGAUUCGUCAGUUUGGUGAAGAAAGCGAGGCAAUGCAUGUGCUAGUUCAGCACCUCAAGGGCCGCAACUGA